AUGGAAAACCAAUUCUUUUCAAACACUAAUCUUCAUUAUGAACAAUCACAUCUUACAUGGCAAUCACUUUCACUUACAUCAGAACAACAAAAGAAUAAUCAAGAUUGUUUCUACACACCAACAGAUCAAUGUGUUCAUCAAUUUGAUUCAGCACUUAGUUCAAUGGGAUCUUCACCAGCAGCUUCCAAUUCCAACAUGUCAAAUGAAAACUUUGUCAUAAGAGAAUUGAUUGGAAAAUUGGGAAACAUUGGUAAUUGUUCUGAUGAGAUCUCACACACUUUGGUUGCUGCAAACUCUUACAUCAAUAGCAAUAACAACACUUCAUGUUACAACACCCCUUUGAAUUCUCCUCCUAAAUUGAGCAUUCAAAACAUGAGUUUGAACUCAACAGUUGCCGAAUUCUCAACUGAUCCUGGUUUUGCUGAAAGAGCUGCAAAAUUCUCUUGCUUUGGAAGUAGGAGUUUUAAUGGAAGAACAACACAAUUGAGUCAAAGUCAAAGAUCUACUCCAUUGAUGGAAAAUGGAAAACUCUCUAGAGUUUCAAGUAGUCCAUCAUUGAAAGAACUUGGAUCUCAAUCUCAAAUUGGUACACAAGAGAACAUUCAUGAUCCAAUUGAAGUUAACAAUUCACAAGAAGAAUCAACAUUCUCUGAAAAUGUUUUGAAACCUUCUCCAUAUGUGAAUUCAAGAAAAAGAAAAGCAUCUUCCAAAGGAAAAAACAAAGAAAAUUCAACUUCUAGUAACCCUCUAAUGGCUUGUGAAGUUGGUGAAGAUUCAAAUUCAAAGCGCAUAAAAACAAGUGAAGGUGAAAAAGUUGAAAAUGGUAAAGUAAAAGCAGAGGAAGAGUCAAAAGGGGGUACAAAUAGUAAUAAUGGAGGUGAUGAAAAACAGAAUAAGAGUAACUCAAAACCACCUGAGGCUCCAAAGGAUUACAUUCAUGUCAGAGCAAGAAGAGGCCAGGCCACUGACAGCCAUAGUCUUGCAGAAAGAGUUAGGAGGGAGAAAAUAAGCGAAAGAAUGAAACUUUUACAAGAUCUCGUACCUGGUUGCAAUAAGGUUACUGGAAAAGCACUUAUGCUUGAUGAAAUUAUAAACUAUGUUCAAUCAUUGCAGCGUCAAGUUGAGUUCCUAUCUAUGAAAUUGGCUUCUGUCAACACAAGGGUGGAUUUUAGUAUUGAAAGCCUAAUCUCAAAAGAUAUAUUUCAAUCAAAUAAUUCUUUGGCACACCCAAUAUUCUCUCAAGAUUCCUCAGCACCAUCCUUUUAUGGGCAACAACACCAGCAAAAUGCUUUAUGCCAAAACCUUGGCAUGCACUUAUCUUCACUUAAUGGAUUCCAUGAAGCUUCUUCUCAGUAUCCAUUGACAUUCUCUGAAGAUGACCUCCACACAAUUGUUCAAAUGGGAUUUGGACAAACUGACAAUAGAAAAACACCAAUACAAUUUCAGAAUUUGAACGGGACAAAUCAACUACCACUAUGA